UAAUUACUUGAAUCAGUCAAGUCAACCAAUUGAAAUAUUGCUUGACAUAUGUUGAAAACGAUGCAUUCGUUCACUUUCACUCAAUCAUUCAAAAUUCAUACAUUUCGUACACAUUGUUUUGCGAUGACAAAAUUGCUUUGAUGAGUGUGUUGAUUAUUGUUGUGUGAUGUGAUUUCACUGACUUCGUUCACUGACUUGACAGUUGAGUUUUUCGGGAACAGCCUGUUUUUCUUUUCACAAAGGUUCCUUUUUUGAAAACACAAAAAUAAUGGUGGGCGCUAUGCCUGUUAGCUUGAUACCAAAAUUUUACAACGGUACCAUGAACAGUCACAAUGGUACGGACGAUAGUGAUUUCCAAGUGUAUAUUGGCAGUCGAGUUAAGUGUGGAGAAGAAUUUGGCACAGUGAAGUUUAUUGGAGAAGUGCAGGGAUAUAAUGGUGUGUGGUACGGGGUUGAAUGGGAUGACGCUGCUAGGGGGAAGCAUGAUGGUUCGGUUGAUGAUGUCCAGUACUUCAAGACGUCUAAACCUGGGGCGGGUUCUUUUAUUCGUCCAAACAAAAUAACUCCAUUCAAGACUUGUGCUGAAGCUAUCAGGAAAUAUUAUGGUGAUAGAGAGGAUGAAACUGUUGCUGCCCACCGCAGAACAGUCAUCAAUGAGUGGAAAAGAGAGAUGGGUGCACCAUUUAUUGAAAUGGUUGGCUUUGAGAAGAUACAUCAGAAACAGAAGUUCGAUCGUCUCCUCGAAGUAUGCGUUCACGAUCAGAACGUGUCAAAGGCGGGCGACGUGGCAGCCCUGUGCCCCAACGUGCGCAGUAUCGACGUCUCCAGGAACCUGUUCUCCAAUUGGCGUGAGGUGAUACAACUGUCGUCUCAACUACCGGAUCUUCGUGAACUGGAUGUUAGCAAAAACCGCAUGGCAAUUGACAUUCCCGAAGAAACUCUCGCACAACUAUCAAUCAACUUCUCCAAUUUGGAGAAACUGAACAUCUCCGUGUGUGAAUAUGAGUGGGCGGAUAUAAUAGCGUUAUCCCAUCUCUGGCCUAACGUGAAUGAAGUGAUCGCAGCUCAUAACAGAAUUAAAUGGAUCACCGCACCGCAAUUGACACUACAGACCGUUACAACCCUACGAUUAGAUGGCAACCCCAUAGACUCGUGGCGGGAGAUUUUGAAUUUGGGGAAGAUGAGGAACUUGAAAGUUCUCAGUUUGAACGACUGUCAUAUCGGUGAAAUAAGGUUUAAUGACGAGGCAAAUAAUAAGAAAGUGGAUGUGUUCCAGAAUUUGGAAGUGUUGUUUUUGAACAGGAAUAGAGUCAAUGAUUGGCGAUCAGUAAGUGAAUUGGACAAGUUGAGUCGACUGAAAAAAUUGUAUUUCCUGAAAAACCCAAUCCAGGCUACGGACUCGUAUGACAACGCAUCACAACUCAUCACCGCAAAAAUUGGCACCCUACAGGAACUAAAUGGAACAAUAAUAACACGCGAGGAACGCCGCGGGGCGGAGUAUGACUAUAUGAAACAAUACGGCGCCGAGUGGAAAGUAUCCCAAAAGGAUUUCGCAAAACAAACAAUAUUCACAUUGGAACAUUGUCGCUUCGAAGAAUUAAUUAAAAAAUAUGGCGUUCCUGAAGACAGCCUUCUAGUGAAGCAACCCAAGACAACAACCCUCACAUCCCAAUUACUAGAAGUAACGCUUCAAGACGAAAACGGGAAGAAAAUCAAAAAGAAAUUCCCAUCCACAAUGAUAGUUCAGAAACUGGUAAUACUCGCUCAAAGACUGUUCACAAAACCUGGCAACACUGGCGCACCAAAACUCUAUCUUGUCGACGACCAAAUGAAAGGCGCUGAAAUAUAUUUAGACAACGUGAUGAAAGAAUUAACGUAUUUCUCAGUCAAAAAUGGCGACACCAUUCUUGUUAAAUUCAGAUAAUUAACAAAUAUAUAAUUAUUAAUGCUGGCAGCACAAGAAGACGGUUACGUUUAAUUGGCGGUAAUUUUGCGUAUGUAUGUAUUUCAUUUAUGAAAAAAGCUUUGUAAAUAAUGUUAUUUCUAAAUUAAUAUUUAUCCCGACAUCUAUGUAUCAGAAAUAAAUAUAAUUUAUUUAUCUAUUCA